AAACAAAGAACGAGUUUGCUCGAACUACCCCUGACCUCAAUUCCAAAGUUUCUCCUCAAUCAGAAUUUGAUAUUGUUGUAUAAAUAGGAGUUGUAUAGAGUUUGUAAAAAUGAUUAGUAAAGCUGUUGAUAAUACGAACAGUGGAGUGGAGGUUGUUUCUGAAGCUAGUUUGAAAGGAAAGGUAGUUGAUCAGUCUACUGCUUCAGUUUCUUCGGAUUCUUCAGAGACGAAAUCAUCUUCUUCAUCAUCGGAUGAGUUUAGAGUCAAUCCAGAUAAGAAGGAUACAUUGAUAGGAAAGUUUCCCUAUCCACCACAAUCAAGAAAAUCACUACUGGAAAUGAAAAGUAGUGAAGGUUUUUUGAAUUUGUUUGGAUUAUUGUUGGUUGUUUGGUCUGGAAAUGUAAUGUAUCAUAAUUGGAGACAGAGUGGGCAACUGAUUGACUUUACUUUAUUGUUUACAAUGUUGAAAGGUGUGCAUUUUGUAAUUGGAUAUUGGUUUUCAAUAGUUGCAUUUUCUUUGAUUUAUUCAGUGUUAUCUGAGUUUAUUCUUAUUCAAUUUGCUCAAAAGAAGAGAUUGUCUCCUUUUUGGGAUGGAAUUAAUUGUACAAUUUAUGCACUUGCACAAUUGACUAUGUUUGCAGUUCCUACUUGGAUAGUUUUCAACACUGAUAGUAUGAGUCCUUUGUGUAGAUCUGCUCUUGGUUGUCAAACAGUUGUAAAUAGUUUCAAAAUGCAUAGUUAUUUCAUCACGAAUAGAUAUUUCAGAGAGGAAAUUGUCUAUGAAGGGAAAUACGCUCAAAAUGGAAACAAGCCGAUUUUCAAUAAUCGUUAUGAGAAGAUUAGGUGUGAGUCCUAUUCACAUUGGGAAAGAUUGUACUGGUUGGUGUUUGACUUUGUAGAGUAUGUGAGAAUUCCAAGUUUGGUCUAUGAAAUAGAAUUUCCAAGAACUGAUAAGGUUGAUUAUCGAUAUGUGGCAAGAGAAUAUGGUGGAGGUCUAUUGAUUUGCCUUGUAAUGUAUCUCGUUAUUCAAAGACACAUCUCACCAUUCUUACAGGAAAUUGAGACCUACGAUUGGUAUGAUUUGAUCAUUAAUUUGACCAUUCCUUCCAUGAUAAUUUGGAUGCUGACAUUCUAUUGUGUCUUUCACUGUUUUAUGAAUGCAACUGCAGAGAUGGUUAGAUAUGCUGAUAGAGAAUUCUAUCUCGAAUGGUGGUCUGCAACCAGUGUCUCUCAAUAUUGGAGAUUGUGGAAUAGACCAGUUCUCAAAUUCAUGUCCAGACACAUCUAUGUGGAGAGUAUGAGACGAGUCAAGGGAUUCAACAAAUUCUGGGCUGCCACAUCAACAUUCUUUGUCACUGCCGCCUUGCAUGAAUUUGUACUAAUCUACACUUUUAGAGUCUUCAGACCAUACUUCUUCUGCAUGGUCAUUUCUCAAAUUCCACUCUUCUACGUUACAGAAAAAGUCAAAGGAACUCGUUUCGGAAAUGUAAUUCUGUGGUUUGGUUACAUGUUAUGUUUCCCAUGUAUGGAAUUAUUAUACUUUAGAGCUUCUCUUCGUGAAAGAGGUCCAAACUUUUAAUAUGUUCCCUGUUCAAUGGUAUAAUACAACUCAAUUCCAAGCACUACUCACCACACAACACAAGAAUUGAAAUAACAUAUUUUGUGAUAUUCAAUGAACUUGGAACUUUUGUAAAAAUUGUAAAUAGCAACAGAUUUGAUUCAACUCAAUAAAAACCAAUACAAAAAAAUGAGUUCCUUCCU